AUGGACCAUCGCUUUUUCCUGAUGGCCCAAUGGAGCAUCCUUUUACUCCUGCUUUUGGUCCCAAAGAACUUCCUUUGUGGAGCUGAAGAUGAAGGAAGCUCAAGUCUUCAAUGCAUAUGUGAGGGCAGUACCUGUGGAACAAAGACUGAAUGCAACGGCCUACGGUGUUUUGCUUCAGUGACACAAAAUGGAGAUGUUUCGGUGUACCAGAAAGGGUGUUUUGACUCACUUGAAAAAGUUGAAAUGUUAUGUAAGAUCUUGCCCUCAGAACGUUCUGUAGUGCGUUGCUGCAACGAAAGCCUGUGUAACAGGAAUAUUACAGCAAUGCCUCUUCUUUCUCAAGCACCUAAAGAAGAACCAAUCGACUACAGUGUGGAGACAUUAAUCAUUUUUGUAGUUAGCCCAGUUAUAGUGCUGGUAGUUUUGUCUGUGGUUGCUGUCUUGAUUUGCCGCAAAAUUCACCAGAAUAGGAUGCAAAGGUUACAUGCCCAUGAUGCUGAAAAUGGAGCAAUUGAUGGCCUUAUAGCUUCCAAUGUGGGAGAUAGUACACUUGCGGAUUUGCUUGAUCACUCUCGUACAUCAGGCAGUGGAUCAGGUUUGCCAUUCUUAGUACAACGCACAGUUGCCAGACAAAUCACUUUGAUGGAAUGUGUAGGAAAGGGUCGCUAUGGAGAAGUUUGGAGAGGCCAGUGGCAAGGAGAAAAUGUUGCGGUGAAAAUCUUCUCAUCUAGAGAUGAAAAAUCUUGGUUUCGAGAGACUGAAAUUUAUAAUACUGUUCUUCUUCGCCACGAGAAUAUAUUAGUUGAGAACCGUGCAGGCUGGUCCUGGAGAAAACUGAUCACCACAUGCAUGCAGUCAGCAAUCCCCAGAAUCUGUGGGAAGCCCACGAUGGUCCCAAAACCAAUGGAUCAUAUGGUCUGGCUCUCUGGAUCUGUUCUGAACUGCACAAACUCUCUGGCCUUUUUAAAAACUGCAUUCAUCGACUCUUUAAUGCAGUGA